UUAUUCUUUCUCUUGCAGGUAAAAUGGUACAAUGAUCUUGUUGGACCAAAUUAUAAACUUAAAUACCAUGAUGAUACUUUCGCAUUAAUUACUAUCAGUACUCCUCAAAUGUUUGAAAAAGGAUUCAAACCAUUCAUUUAUCAUCACUAUAAAAAAGGUGAUAUAGAUCCUAUUGAUCUUUGUGUUAAGCAUUAUACGGAGAAAGUACAAAAGCCACAGGCUUAUCCUGAUACAGAUCUGAUAUAUGAUUUUGACCAGAAAGCUCCUCAACAUUACAGUAUACUAGUACAAACAGCUGCACAUGUUGCUGGUGCUGCAUAUUAUUAUCAAAAGAAGGAUGUGAUAAAUAAUCCUUGGGGAGAUGAGAACAUCUAUGGACUUAGUAUUCAUCCAAAAUAUGGUGGCUGGUUUGCCAUAAGAGCUGCUAUUAUCUUUAAAAAUCUCAAGUUUCCAGACUUAAAGAAGAAAGACCCAGUUGAUAUUUUACCAGAUCAAAAGACUAGAAUAAACCUGUUAACUAUGUUAAAUAAAGAUUUUAAAUAUUGGGAAGCUCGAGACAUAAUAGAGGUGUCUGAAAAAUAUACAGAAGAAGCCAUUAAAUAUUUCAAAACAAUGCCCAAAAACAGGUACAAAUUAAUUGAAGAAAUGCUGGCAAACAAGAAUGACAAUGCUUAAAUGCUUCUGUGACUUAUUAUAUAUUCUAAUGCAAUAGCUUAUUAUACAUGUAUUCUAUAACAGAUUAUGUAUUUACAUUUUAUAAAUGGUAUGGGGUAUCGUACAUGUAAUAAAAUGCAACGUGUGUCUUUUCGGUCAUGCUGGUAGAAAGAGGCUAAAAGAACAAAGGUAGUGAGACUGAGUGACAAUCAGAAGUGCUAAAUGAAGGAGUACUGUAGUAAAGUGUUUUCUUCUGAAAUCUCUUAAUGAAAAUAAAAUUGCAAAUUUUUAUCAUAAA